GGUUGCUUGGUGGAAAGAAAGAAGAAUUAAUCUCCCCAAGUCUUUAACUAACAUAAAGAAUGUGUUUGAGGAAAACAGGAAAAAGUCUAGUAGAAACAGCUUGUUAAAGUAAGGACGAAUGAAGCUUGUUUUUUUACUUACCCAAGUUGUGUCUGUUUUAUCAACAGUGCAACGACAAAGAGAAAUACGUGAAGGCAUGAUAAUAAGCUGGUUAAACAUGAAAAGAUUUCCUAAUCGAAUUUUAAAUGUUCCACCGAUCGAAUCCUAUUUAACAACAACAAAAGAAAAAUGUGGAAGUUUAUGUUUAAACACUCCAUUUUGUAAAAGCUUGAAUAUGAAACAAGAAGGACAUGUGAAGUACCGCUGUGAUCUACUGGAUAAGAAUAUGUUCGAGGAGAAUUGCAAGUUUGAAUGGGAUGAAAUGACGUCACAUUAUGCAUUUACCAGCAACUGCACGAAUGCGUAUGAUGUUUGCAACGAAACUUCAAAAAUAUGUAUUCCUGAAGAUAAGUCAUCUACAUACACGUGUGAAAACAAGUCUGGUGUUCAAACGAAUCAAAAAAAGUUUUGCGACAAGCCAAGUUACCGACAUGGGAUUAAUGUAAACUGGAAAUUCCCCUAUUGCGGAGUCUGCCAUCAUUUAGAUGGGGUGUAUAUUCUGAGGAGAAGUUUUCAUGAAAAUUUUAACAGAACGUGGAAUGAGUACAAGGGAGGAUUCGGAAAAUUUGAUAGUGAUUAUUGGAUUGGUUUAGAAAUGUUACAUCAACUAACGAAUCCUUCUGUACAUCUACAAGUUUUUAUUGCUGGACCUGGACUUUCAGAUCAAGGAACCACAUUGUUUUUUGAAAAAUUUUCAAUUGCAUCUGAAUCUAAAAAUUAUCGUAUAAGUUUAUCCUCUUCGGGAGACAGUAAGAUGGUUACUAACCACAAUGGAAAAGUUUUCAGUACAUUUGACAAAGGUGAGAAACAAGCUAAAGCAAAAAUAUUUGGUGCAGGAUGGUGGUAUGGCGAGAUAGAGUCUGUCAAUUGGUUCACUGGAUAUUGGAAAGAAUAUCUUAAUGUUACUGACCCUGCUGUAACUAUUACAUCUUUGGAUUGUAUCAUAACGCGCUAUGUUUGAAUUUCAGAGGAACACACCCAGAAGAUUGUUUCUAGGGAAAGCUUUUCUGAAUAUGUCGUUUAAAAAGAAGAAAAAAUUUUAUUUAAAAUAUAUCAAACAACCUAUUAUUUAUGGUAUUUUUUCUUCUUUUUUCUUUUUUACGGAUAUAUUUUGCACAAGUUAUUUUAAAUUUUUUUGAAUAAGCAAAUAAAAUAUUGAUAACGACUUAAUUGUCAUGUUAACAAGGUAAUGAAAAGAAAAGCGUUUUUGUUUGAUGCUAACCAUCUGUUAUUUUUUAGUUUUUUUUUAAGAUUUAAAAAUAGUCCAAGAAGGAGGAAUUUGUUUGCAACUUUACUUUCUUUUUCUUGAAAGCGUAAACCAUGAACAGAUGUUAAAGAAUAUUUCCAGCUGUACUCCUGCUGGAUAACAGUAUUUUCAGUGGUCUUAUAUACAGAAUAUAUUUUAAUCAAUAAAAAUUAUAGCUGUGACUAAUGUCUAGAUAAUAUCUCUAAGUAUGUAGUGUCAUAGGAAGCGACUUUGUUUUUCCAGGCGGGGUCGCGGGGUUACGGGGGUAAUAAGAACCUUGCCACCCCUCCCUGCUUCUUACGCCAAUGGUAAGUCGUAAAAUAAAAUGAUAUGGUUAUGCUUUCCAUAUUUUUUUGUUGAGAUAUCAUGCACAUACCGAACGCAGGAGUGGUUUUGAUUGGUUGUUUUUUUUAAACAUUGUAAUCGCACAACUAUGUUUUAGAAAUAUAUCAAGUCUAACAAA